AGCCAAUCUUGUUCGUUGCUGUGCAGCCUACUGCUCACGUCAUGAAGCGAGCGAUCACGUCGGCAAAGAGGGUGGAGACGCCAACACGGCUGGCCAAGAAGGAUGCUGUUUCUCCACGGCAGCAGAAACAGCGAGGGUACGAGGCGAGCUGGAAGCCCCGAUCCCGUGUCACCAUUCUUGCAGAGCGGCUCCAGCAAUUGGAAAAGGAGAGUGCUGAGAGGCGUGAGCUGACGGAUGCAAACAUCCAACUCAGAGAUGUGAACCAGAAGCUGCGGGACGAGAACCUGCGCCUCCGCUCCAUGGCGGGUGAGCUCGCAGCCGGGCUUCGGUGGCUGGAGGAUUAUGUGCUUGGGGGGCCGCAGCAGCAAGCUGUUGUAGAUCACGUCAAUGCAGCCGUCAUUGCGUGGCGGGGUUCACUUUCGACGCAGUUUCUUGCUUGACGGGUGUGGU